AUGACAUCUAUUCAACAAUAUGGUUUAUCUUCUGAUCGUAUUUGUGACCCACAUGGGCUCAAUAUUGAUCAUCUUGAAUGUCUUAUUUGUCGCGAAAUACUCUGGAAACCAGUUGCUUGUCAAUCAUGUGAAACACCUUUCUGUUCCGUAUGCAUCCAUCAAUGGCUAGUCGGCAGUCCAGCACAGUGUCCAAAUCGAUGCAAAACAUACGUUCGACGAAAAUGUCCACCAAUUCUUACUAAACUACUUGCUGAAUUACAGAUAGCUUGUUUCUAUGAAUCGAAUGGUUGCAAUCAAGUAUUUUAG